AUGUCCUCUGGGACUCAGUCGAUGAAUGUUGCGCCAAAAGAUUGUCCGAAAUGUAAAUCACGCCGAAUUUCGUGCGAUAGAACUCUACCCAAAUGCAGAAAAUGCGCUUCUCGGAGUUUUGAUUGCCCAGGCUAUGGACUGAUCCUCCGAUGGACUCAAGGUGUCGCCAGCAGAGGUAAAUUAACGGGGAGAUGCAUACCCGUCGCAGAGGACGGAAGGGAGUCAGUUCGAGGAGCGUCUCGUACUCGACAACAGGAUAAAGGUCUACGAGGGGCUAUGCCUCUGGCACCACUAGAUCGUGGGAUACAACACCCGUUUGAUUAUAUUUCCUGUCAAUUGCUUCGUCACUUCGACCAAAGCAUUGCCGUGAAACUCGCGUGGAUUGAUGGUCCUGAAAAUCCAUGGCGACGCAUUAUACUCCCUCUAUCGCAUGAGUCACCUAUUGUGCUCUAUUCCGUACUGGCCAUGGCAGCCGAGGAACUUGCCCACAGAUAUACGACGGACCGAUUUUACUUCCAUCGGUGGCAAACGGAGUCGCUUCGCUACCGGGACAAAGUCCUGUCUCUCUUGCCACAACAUCUAGACCGUCUCCUGAACACACCUGUUUCCCUAGAAUGCUCCAAUCAGGCACAAUAUGUGCUGGCAUCCGUUAUACUUCUUUACAAUUUGGAGCUGCUGACGGCGCAGGCGUCCCAAUGGCGGCUCCACAUUCAAGGUGCUCGGGCGAUCAUCCAAUGGAAGAUGCAGGCGCUUCAUCGUCACCGACCUCCCGAUAUUGCGGAUGAUUUUCUCCGGUACGAAUACUACUUCACUGCCGUCUUCAACGGCCUAACAACAUUUGAUGCCGCGUAUGAUAUACUCGACGAUGUGCCCAAGGACGAGAGGAUCGCUCGGAGCGGCUUUAAGUUUACCCGGGAUUCAAACGGUUCAGCAGUAUGUGUCGGAGAUAUCACACGAGAAUUGGAGGCCGCGAGAUGCCGAACCCUGGCGCAGAUUCAAACAAUCCAGUUCCAGGAUCAAGAUGCCCGGCAUGAUUUUGAACAUCUGACCCACAUGUAUUACCAUGCGAGCUUGAUCUACAGCCACCGCGUGCUUUCAGACUACGCUUCGUCUGAAGAGUAUUUUGCUCAAGACCUGGUUUGGCUACUCUUUGUGUGUGGAACAGAGUGUCGAGGACUCCCUGAUCAACAGGAUAUAAUCGUGCGGGCAUUAUUAGGGGUGAUUCACAUUAGUGGUAACCUCGAUCGGCGUCGCGUCUUGUCGUUUCUCAGGAUGUAUUGGCAACUGGACUUGGUCGAUCGAGAGGUUAGUUGGAUCCAUGUGGCCAGGACCCGACAGGCAGACUGCAGCUUCAUGAUCAUCUAG